UCAACACUACGGCACCCUUGUAUGCCCAGAUCCUUACGACUUGGAGAACCAAUCGAGUGUGAUCCCGAGAUUGAAAGGACCUUGCGUCAUAUUAGGAAGAAGGCACGAGAAACAAAGGACAAUUUGAAAAGUAAAAAAACCAUGGGAGACCAAGAAAACCAAGGCAAUCAAGACCGAUCCUUGAAGGAGUUUGCAUCACCAACCACCCAUAGCUCCCAAUCUAGCAUCUUGAAGCCUAAUGUUGCUGCCAACAAUUUUGAACUCAAGCCCUCACUCCUCUCCAUGGUUCAGCAAAACCAAUUUGGAGGCACUCCAACCGAAGACCCAAACCUCCAUAUCUCAAUCUUUCUGGAAUAUUGUGACACCCUGAAGAUGAAUGGAGUGUCGGACGAUGAAAUCAAACUAAGGUUGUUUCCCUUCUCACUAAGAGACAAGGCAAGGGCUUGGCUACAAUCACUUCCACCGGGCUCCAUCACUACAUGGGACCAACUCUCAGAAGCGUUCCUUGCUAAGUACUUCCCUCCGAGCAAAACAGCCCUUGAGAAAUCAGAUAACAACAUUCACUCAAAAAGAAGGGGAGUCAUUGUAUGA